GCCGCUCCCAGCUCCGCCCGGGACUCCCCGGCCCGCGCGGCUCCCGGCUUCGCUUCGCGGCCACUUCGGCGGCCGCCCGCCGCGCGCCCUCGCCCGCCUUUGAAGUUUGCUGUGCCUGCCGCAAAGUUGGGACGCUUCGGCCGACGGAAUUUUUCGCUUCUCCCCGCUCCGCCCCCUCCCUCUGGUCGCCCGGUUCCCGGACGCCGGCGCCGGGCUGCUCGCGCCGCACCUCGGGGCGGCCGCUCUCCGCCUCCCCCGGGAGGCCGGACGGAUCUCUGAGGGUGUGAUACUUCCCAGCGUGGCUUCCAUCCUAAGGACACUGCCCGUCACGUCUUUUCUCCUCCAGCCCACGUUUCUCGCCGGUCUGGUCCACUCUGUGAACUCACCGUCUGCAUCUUCGUGGCCCAGGCCUGGGCAGCCCCCUGCAGUCCCGAUUAUUCCGUUGACUUUAGGAUUGCUCCGCUGGUGCUGUUGCUUCCCAAAAACGUGCCUGGAAGCCUAAGUUAUAUGACUUUGGCAGGAUGGCGCUGCUCCGCUGCUGUCUGCUGUGGCUCCUCCUGCCCGUCGGCUGCGGGACCCAGAAGUUGCCCACGCGAGACGAGGAGCUGUUCCAGAUGCAGAUCCGGGACAAGGCGUUUUUCCAUGAUUCGUCAGUCAUUCCAGACGGGGCUGAAAUCAGCAGUUAUCUCUUUAGAGAUACGCUUAAAAGGUAUUUCUUUGUGGUUGAAGAAGACAACACCCCGCUGUCGGUCACGGUGACACCCUGCGACGCGCCCUUGGAGUGGAAGCUGAGCCUGCAGGAGCUGCCCGAGGAGACGAGCGGGGAGGGCUCAGGUGAUCCGGAGCCUCUCGAGCAGCAGAAGCAGCAGAUCAUUCCAGAGAAAGGCACCGAGCUAUUCUCCUACAAAGGCAAUGACGUAGAGUGUUUUAUAUCUUCCAGCUCCCCGUCUGGCUUGUAUCAGCUAGAGCUUCUUUCCACAGAGAAAGACACACAUUUCAAAGUCUAUGCCACCACCACGCCAGAGUCUGACCAGCCGUACCCCGAAUUGCCGUACGACCCGAGAGUGGACGUCACCUCCCUGGGGCGCACCACGGUCACGCUGGCCUGGAAGCCGAGCCCCACGGCCUCUCUGCUGAAACAGCCCAUCCAGUACUGCGUGGUCAUCAACAAAGAGCACAACUUCAAAAGUCUCUGUGCCGUGGAGGCAAAACUGAGCGCGGACGACGCUUUCAUGAUGGCACCCAAACCUGGUCUGGACUUCAGCCCCUUUGACUUUGCCCACUUUGGGUUUCCGUCGGAUAGUUCGGGCAAAGAACGCAGCUUCCUCGCAAAGCCGUCUGCGAAGCUGGGGCGCCAGCUCCACUCGAGGCCCAAGGUGGACAUUCAGAAAAUCUGCAUAGGAAACAAGAACAUCUUCACCAUCUCUGACCUGAAGCCCGACACGCAGCACUACUUUGACGUCUUUGUGGUCAACAGCUACAGCAACACAAGCACUGCGUACGUGGGCACCUUCGCCAGGACCAAGGAAGAAGCUAAACAGAAGACAGUGGAGCUAAAAGAUGGGAAAGUCGCAGAUGUAUUUGUUAAAAGGAAGGGAGCAAAGUUUCUACGGUUUGCUCCAGUCUCCUCUCACCAGAAAGUCACCUUCUUUGUUCACUCUUGUCUGGACACGGUCCAAAUCCAAGUGAGAAGAGAUGGGAAGCUCCUUCUGUCUCAGGACGUGGAAGGCAUCCGCCAGUUCCAGCUGAGAGGAAAGCCUAAAGCCAAAUAUCUCAUCCGGCUGAAGGGAAACAAGAAAGGAGCGUCUGUGUUGAAGAUACUGGCCACCACCAGGCCCGGCAAGCAGGCAUUUCCCUCCCUGCCCGAAGACACCCGCAUCAAAGCCUUCGACAGGCUCCGCACCUGUUCCUCGGCCACUGUGGCUUGGCUGGGCACGCAGGAAAGGAAUAAGUUUUGCAUCUACAAAAAAGAAGUGGAUGAGAGCUACAAUGAAGACCAGAAGAAAAGAGAGCAAAACCAAUGCCUAGGACCCGACACCAGGAAGAAAUCGGAAAAGGUCCUCUGUAAGUAUUUCCACAGUCAAAACCUACAGAAAGCGGUGACCACGGAAACCGUCCGAGGUCUUCAGCCCGGCAGGUCGUACUUGCUGGAUGUUUAUGUCGUAGGGCACGGCGGGCACUCUGCGAAGUACCAGGGCAAGGUGGUGAAGACCAGGAAGUUCUGCUAGUCACCUCGUUCCAGGGACGUAUUGCGUGGAACUCCCGGAGGGACAUGAAAUCACUUUAAGCGUGAACCGACUGCUCCCACAGCUGAGAGAAGUUGUGCUCGUGCUCUGGAGGGAAGGACGCCGGCGCGUGUGCUGGUGUUUAUGGACGUCGCUGUCGGAGGAGGCUCGUUCUGGUGUGGAACCGAGUGUGCGUCUGAGGCCGCCGGUGUCAAAGAGGCUUCUGGAAAGAACUGCCGUCCCUUGCUUUGACCACUUGCAUGAACUGCUCCUAAAUUAUUUUAUUACCUAAAAGUUUAAAAUAUGCCAUUCCUUGCACACAUUCAUAAAUGCAAAUCAUUCCUCUCUAUAGAUGCUAGAAUAUAUAUAAAUUAUUUUAUAAAGUCUUGUUUUGAAUGUCGUUUCUAUGAUUGUAAACUAUUAAAUUCUUUUCCCGUUAAAGCACAGAUCUAACCUAAGUAUUAUUAAGUGGACAGCCCUUUAGUCAGCUAUAUUGCUAUUUGUAAAUUCUUAUUUGUUGAGUCAAAUGUUUAAAUACUGUAUGUAUCUCAUGUACAAAGUCGACAUACAUUAUAUUCAUGUACAUAAAAUUAAAGAUAUUAGAUUAUA